AUGGUCGCUUUCGGAAACCUGGCGCUCGUGGCUACCACUCUGGGUCUUUGUUUAGCCCAAUCCCCGGCUACCAUCAGCUUCAAUCCUGUAUAUGACUCUGACUUCGCCGUCGCGAACACGGCCUGUGGCGGCGCAGAGGGCCCCAACCCCUUCUCGACACUUGCCGCCUCGAAGGGGUGGACCACACUCAGCCAGAUUCAAGCCAACCUUGUUGCGUCCCCUCUUGCAGUCAACCGCACUGAAUGUGGGCAGUGCUACAGAAUCACCGUAAAUGACAACAGCAUCAAUGCUUUGGUGGCUGAUGCCGCUCAGUCUGUUUGGGUUUUGGGACAAAGCCCUGAGUGGGCUACUAUCAGCGCAGGUAGCCUCGCAGGGCAGCUUGCUGGCACUGUGCAGCAGGUUGCACAAAGCAACUGCGUUGCCUGA